UCAAACAAAUCACAAUGAAGUUAACUGUGCUUGCAUUCAUCCUUGGACUGUGCUUGGCAGUAGCCGCGGCCGAUAUUGAUUAUUCGCUGGGAAGUAUUGAAAAUGAAGAACUAGCGGAAUUCACUCCUUUGGACUUCGCCGACGAGAUCACUGAUGCGGACUCAUUCACUAUUUUAUGGAUAUUCUACUUUACUCUCAAAGCCAGUUUACGUACUCUGAAAGGUGUUAAUUGUUCCAUCAAAGCAGUCAUGAACCUUCGCAAUGUUGCAGUAGAUUUCCUCAAUGCCGUUAAGGAUUGCAACACUGGCGCCUUGAAGAGCUUUACCGCACUUAUUAGCCAAGUACAAGCGGUUGUAAUCACUUGCAAUGACCUCAUCCACCUGAACAGCAACGAUUGCAACAACGGUGCUCUCGACGAUGCGACCGAUGGAACUAAGGCAACUCCAUUCAGCUGUUUCAUAAAGUUGAUAAAUAAAAUGAUUACACUGAAGGGACAGGUCUCUAAGACUAUUAGUCUGGCGAAGAAAUUGCCAUCCACUCCAGCUACCUAUGCCGGUUGCGCUGUCUCCACUGUAACCGACCUGAUUUCGGUGUUCACUCAAUAUCCCUCUGAUAUCAAAACCUGCUCCAAAUUGAAGAAUUAAAUUGGUGUAACUUUAAAUAAUGUUUUAAAUAAAAAAAACAA